CGAAGGUGGUGAAACACGAGUUUUAUACAAAGCAUCGAAAUUUAUCGAUUCGGCUGGCCACCUCUUGUGUUUAAAUAUCUGAGUAGACCAUCGUUGAUUCACUCGUUGACCACACUGGAUAGUUCACACAACAAAUGCCAAAGAAAGACUGGAUUCAUGAAAAAUUGACACAGUCUCCUUACCAAUCAGCGGUGUCAACAAUAGUCAGCUGAGAGUCGUCUUGAUUCGGACCUUUCUGUCGACGUAAGACUGGAAAUACAUAUUGGAUAUUGAACACUAUUGGACCCCUUUAUUCUGUUUCUGGCUAUUGUGUCCAUCCAAAUUCAUUGUUUUUACUUCUUUCGGUGUUAAAAUGGGGUUAUUGGAUAAACUGGCUGCCUGGUUGGGGUUCAAAAAGAAAGAAGUACAUGUACUAUGUGGUUUAGAUAACAGCGGUAAAACUACGAUAAUAAACCAGUUAAAACCAAAAGACUCACAAUAUGAAGAUAUAGUCCCCACCAUUGGUUUUUCUGUAGAAAAAUUUGCCUCUUCAGCGCUUUCUUUCACAGUGUUUGAUAUGUCUGGACAAGGAAGAUAUAGAAAUCUAUGGGAGCAUUACUAUAAAGAUGCACAAGCUGUAAUUUUUGUAGUUGAUAGUAGUGAUAAACUUCGAAUGGUAGUAGCAAAAGAUGAGAUGGACCAGUUACUUUCACAUUCAGAUAUUAAAAAUCGGCGGUUGCCUUUCCUAUUCUUUGCAAACAAAAUGGAUCUUCGUGAGGCAUUGUCAUCUGUGAAAGUGUCCAGUAUGAUGGGUCUAGAAAACUUACAGAAUAAACCAUGGCAUAUAUGUGCUAGUAAUGCCUUGACUGGUGAAGGUCUACAUGAAGGAGUAGAGUGGCUUACAGAUCAAAUUCGUUCUAAUCAGAAGCGAUAAACACAAGUCAUCAUCUUAAAGUUUUACCAUCCAACAAAACAAAGCCUGUGAACUGGACAUACUCAUCAGCAGCAACCUCCAAGCCCACCUCAAGUUCUGUAACUACUUAGCUGUCUUCUGAAUUGCUGCACAAGAAAAGACAAACAUGUGAUGUUUUCUAUAUUCAGAAUAUGUUCUUAUCACUUAAAAGGACUUGUGGUUUCCCCAUAGCCGUCCAUCAUGUUUUCUCACCCGUAAAUGUUUCAUAUUCUGAGUUUCUGAGAUUUGAUUGAUUGGCAAUGCAUUCUAAAUACUGUAAAUUGUUUUUUAUUUCUCUUAUUUACAAAUAACACAAGUCAGGAAAAAUUCAAAAAUUCUGUAAAUGAGAAGAUUUCACUGGGGUUUCUUAAACAGUGAAGUCAUGGCUGCUGUCGUGUAGUUGUGUCUUUUGAAAGCGUGAUAAUGGUCAAUGAACAAAAGUGUCUAGAUUUAAAAAUGUAACAGUGUGCACUGCAACACAUGUCUGUAAUCCACUGUAAUUUUCAGUCAUUGCAUAUGCUACAUUUUAUUAGCAGGCAGAACUAAUGAUUUUACUGUUUCGUUGGUGGGUGUGAGAAGAAUGAUGUUCAUCCACUAGUGUUUGUUUACUUGUUGAUAUUGAUAAUAAUUUCAUGCUUUGGUGAACUCAAAUUUGACAUUAAAUGUGCAUCACUGAGAUAAACUGAGAACACAGGAUCAAUAUCAUAAGUAAAAUAUUUCCAAUUAACACUUACAAUGGGCAUUUUUUCUAAUAUUCUGUUUUGGAAAUUUUGUGUGUAAAUUAUCUAUAUAUACGUAUUUUUGUCUGAAAAUUCUAUUUUUGCCUGUUUUUAUAGCUAAUUUGGAUGGCUAAUUUAGUAAUGAAUCAGUUUGGCACUGCAAUAGAUGUGAAUACUGUGCCAUUCAUAGUAAUAGAAUAAUAUUCUUAUCUCAGUUGUGAAUCAUAUCUUAAUAAUCUAGUGUAUAAACAUUUUGAAAGAUAUUUCUUGUUUAUGUUGUUCAUUCUAUUCAAGCAUCACGGGUCCAUAACUAUUAUGAUUGACUGUACAUGUAUAAAAUGGAAAAUGACUUACAAAUUACAAGGAUAGGUGUCAGAGAUGAUGUCAUAAUAAUUAUGUACUUUCUAUUUAUGUUUUAUGUUUUUAUUAUCUCAAUACUGUUGAAACAAGAGAGAGAGAGCGAUUGAGAGAAACCAAACAUUACUAUUGCUUCUAAGUGCAAAAUAGUGUUACUGUUUCUUGUUUAGGGUUGCUUGUUGGCAUCCGUGCCAAAGGGUACUGCAUUGUUUUUAUGUGUGUCGACUCCAGCUGACACUUUGCACAGUAAUUCAUAUGAAGGCAUACAAUUAGACUAAGAUGAGAUAAAACACAGUGGUUAAUAACUAAACACAACACAAAACAAAAAAAAGUAUUGAUAACUUGCAUAUUUCAAAGACAUGAAAUGUACACUGUAUUAUAUCCUUGGUUGUAAAAGACAACUGUUGUGCACAUAUCCAACUUGACUACUGUAACCUCACCAACUUCCACAAAUAAUCAUUAAUACAGUGAAUUUCAUAAAGACAUGAAUGUUUUUAUGAAAUAUUGAAAAAAAACAUGAAAGACAAUAGAAGCCGUUUGGUAAUUACCCAUGAGUCUUUGCAUGUUUCGUUCAAUUAUUGGUUGAUUUACUGCCAUGCAUUCAAAGUUGUUUUCAACAUUAGAAAAUCCCAUUGAUUAUUUUUUUUUAAAAACAUACAUGUCAUCAUGAAAAGUCACUGUAUAAGUAUUGUUAUAAUUUAUUCAAAUGGUAUCCAUUGUUUGUCUAACAUUUCCUGAACUCAAUUCAAGUUAGCUUCACAUUCACAACUUUCUGAAUGCAUUGAAUUGCAAUACCAAUAGUAUUGGCAAUAUGAAUCAAUGAUUUGUUAUUUUCAAUUGACUGUAUCUAUAUGUAUGACUGAUGUUGAAUCUCUUCAGUUGCCAGUUAAUGUACUUUCCCUUGCUUUGACCUCAGACUACUAUGAUGUCUGUCAUUGUGCAUAUCAUUUCACUUCACAUAUUUUGGACAGCUCUGAUAAUGUAAAGCUGUGUAUGAAAAAUAAAAUAUAAUAAUAUAAACCU